AUGAGGUUCCUCGGCGCACUCCUAUCAGCUCCCCUUGCUGUCCUCGCGGCAUCUAUCCUGGAGGCCGACGGCGAAGUGAUCCCGGGUAAAUGGAUUGCCGUCCUCAAGCCGGCUAAUACGACCGCUGAGCUCUUCAGUACAUUUACAACUAUUUUAGGUGGGAUAGCUCCCGAGCAUACCUACGACAUAGGGAGUUUCCAGGGGUAUUCGUUCUCGGCUUCCGAUACUGCGAUCAGCUCGAUUGCAGAUGUAGAUGAGAUCGCAUACAUUACACCCGACACAAAAGUUAGCAUUGCGUCCCUGAAGUCGCAAACUUCGGCACCAUGGGGUCUUACUAGAAUCUCUAACCGGGCGCCAGACGCCUCUAAUUACACGUACGACCAGUCUGCUGGAGAGGGCACGUAUGCGUAUAUUAUCGACACAGGCAUCUUCGCCGAUCACCCCGAGUUCGGCGGGCGUGUUUCGUUCGGCGCCAACUUGGUGAAUGGUAGUACUAACAACACUGACGAGAAUGGACACGGUACUCACGUCGCCGGCAUAGUUGGCUCCUCAACCUGUAAGUGUGAUGGCCCUAUCACUUCGACUCACGGCGUGGCUAAGAAGGUAAACCUGAUUGCCGUAAAAGUUCUUGGUCCGACUGGGUCUGGUGGUACCAGUCAAGUAAUCGCGGGCCUCCAGUGGGCCGUGAAUGAUGCUAUCGCGAAAGGAACAAUCAAAAAGGCAGUCGCCAAUAUCUCACUCGGCGGUCCAAACCUAAACCCCGAAGCACCUCUUAAUGCGGCGGCCUCGGCAGCGACUAAGGAGGGAUUAUUUAUAGCCGUCGCAGCCGGCAACAGUGACGCGGACGCUGGGGGUUUCUCUCCCGCCAACGAGCCUUCUGUAUGCACGGUUGGCGCUAUCCAACGUAAUGAUACCCGCGCGUCUUUCUCUAACUAUGGCGACGCUGUCGACAUAUUUGCGCCAGGAGAGGGUAUAAUUAGCACGUACAACAAUGGCAGCACGGCGAUCCUGUCAGGAACUUCCCAGGCAUCCCCAUUUAUCACCGGGCUCGGCGCCUACCUGUUAGCCCUUGAGGGCCCGCGUGAUCCUCUUGCUCUAUGUAGCCGUAUCCAGGAGCUCUCUACUAAAGACGUAGUAGUAAACUCCAGGUCUAAAAACAAUAACGUAGCAAACAAUGGAGUUGAAAAAGUUGAAAAAAGCAGCUAG